CUAAUUAUCUUUUCUACUACUGAAACUCUCUAUCCUCUCAUGAGAGAAGCCCUCAGCCCUCACUAAUCCAACCUUCGCCUUUCAGAUUGAGAAGAGUUUCAGUAGCAGCAGCGGGAAUCUGCACGCUUCUUUUUCUUUCUCUAAAUUUCUCGAGAUCUUGAAGUUUUCAAUCUUCCUUGCCCCAUGUAAUUGCUGGUUUGGCUAAGAAGCACUUGUCCACCGUUUUCGAUCCGAAAUAUUGUUCUGGAUCUUCGUUAGGAUGAGAAGCCGCUGCGUUUGUAGGUUCUGUGGAUUUUGAAUGGUUGUGUAUAAGUUUCAUGGAUGGCUGAUUUAGGAGAUGGACGGAACCAUGGGGAAGAAAGCUAAGAAGAAGAACGGCCGAACUCCUACGAAGGAGAAGCGGGUAUCUUCAAGUUCACCGAGGAAGGUGCCCCAGCGAAGCAGCACAACGGUGGAGAUUGCUGAUGAUGAUGUUUCAGUUGUUAAGGAGAAUAGCCUAUGCGGGCAUAUUGAUACAUGCUUUAAUUUGAAUGAGUUAUCUUCUAAACUUGGGUCCUCUGAACCUAUUAGCUGUGAAGAUUGUCAAGAAAGUUCAGCUGAUAGAAGGGGGAGUAAGGGGAAGGCUAGACAUGGGAAGAAGAAGGGGGGAACUUCGGUGGAUGGUAAAGUUGAUUCCAAAGCAAUUUGGAUUUGUUUGCAGUGUGGACAUUAUGCCUGUGGAGGAAUUGGACUUCCUACAAACUCUCAGUGUCAUGCUGUUCGACAUGUCAGGCAAACUCGUCACCCGGUGGUGAUUCAGUUCGAAAACCCGCAGCUUCGAUGGUGUUUCUCUUGCAAUACACUACUUCCAGUAGAGAAAACUGAGGAGAAUGGUGAACAGAAAGAUGGUUUGUCUAAUGUGGUGAAAUUAAUUAGGGACCAGUCUAUGGAAGCCUCACCUGUGGAUGUUGAGAAUACAUGGCAAGCAAGUAGCGACGUUACAGCUGCAACGAAAUCGGAAAGUUCCAUAUUAAGUGAUUUGGACAGAAGAAAUCAUUAUGUUGUAAAAGGGAUGAUUAAUCUAGGUAACACUUGUUUUUUCAAUUCAAUUCUUCAAAAUCUCUUGGCCAUUGAUCUGUUGAGAGAUCAUUUAAUGAAAUUGGAAGAAUGUGUUGGGCCUCUAACUAUAGCUUUGAAGAAGAUCCUUACAGAAGCAAGAAUGGAAGGCAGAACGAAAGGUUCAAUAAAUCCAAGAUCAGUUUUUGGUUGUAUCUCUACCAAAGCCCCUCAGUUCAAAGGAUACGAGCAACAUGAUAGUCACGAAUUGCUUCGUGUCCUACUUGAUGGAUUGUCUACUGAAGAGCUGACUUCAAGGAAAACGAAGAAGUCGAAGGAAGAGAUAAUAUCUAGAAAUCCCACUCCUACUUUUGUCGAUGAGAUGUUCGGGGGGCAAAUAUCUAGUGCUGUAUGUUGCAAAGAAUGUGGCCACACAUCGACAGUUUACGAACCAUUUCUAGAUCUCUCUCUUCCUGUUCCAAUGAAAAAAUCUCUGGCCAAAAAGGUCCAACCAGUCUCUCGAACCAAGAAAUCUAAAGGGCCACCCAAGAGAAGUGGCAAGACGCAUCCUAAACCUGACAAGGCUUCAGAUGUUGUACCAGUUCAAAUUGCUUCAGUUCCAUCGUCUGGUAAUGACUCCUCCCUUCAAUCAGAGGCCAGCGCCAGUGGCACAACUAUUAUCAUGGAGAAGACUUUAAGUUCUCAGAACGUUUCAGAUGUUAAAGAGUCUGAAAAAGAAGUUGAGAACGAGAAUGGAGGAGAAUGUACUUCAGACGCUUUGACGUGGAUGGAUUUCCUUGGACCAGAACCAAAUGCUGAAACUUAUGAUAUUUCCACUACUCAGGAUUCUGACAAAAAUGUUGAAGUAUUCAUUAGUGAUGAUUCACAACAAAGCAUCUGCGGGCCAAGUAUGCACGUAUCGCCUCUUCAUAAUGAGACGAAUCAACGACCAGAUUUUUCUCCAGCGGAUUCGUGGGACGAUGAAUCCCCUUUACAGGUUCAAGCUUCUGAUGUUUUGCUGCUUCCUUACAAGGAAGAGAGUUCCACUGCUGAAGUAGCAAAAGAAGAUGAUCAGGCUUCCUCAUCAGUUUUGGGCUGUGCUCAAAAUGAUUUUGAUGGAUUUGGUCUUGGUGAUAUGUUUGAUGAGCCUGAAGUCAUUAUGGGCCCCAUUGCGAGGCCAUCCACUGGGAAUGAAGUUUUGGAAAGUAGUUUUAUUAGUGAGUCUGAACCUGAGGAAGUUGAUAAUACUGAUUCUCCCGUCUCUGUGGAGAGUUGUCUAACUUAUUUCACCAAGCCAGAACUUCUGUCCAAUGAAAAUGGAUAUAACUGUGAAAAAUGCUCAAAAAGAGUACAACAACAAAGGUUGGAAAUGAAGAAGCAAUCAAAAGUUGCUAGCAGUGAUGUAGAAAAUGGAUAUGAAACAGCAGUAAGGGGUGAUAUAUCAUGCUUAGGCAAGAACUCUUCAGUUGAAGUAAAAAAUCAAAGAAAUGUGAAUUUAGUAAAUGGGUCCGUAAGUUAUAACAGUGGCGAAAGCUCGAAUUUGAAAGAGAAUGUAGAUUGUUCCAGUCAAGAUUGCACAAAGCCUGUCAAUUGCAAGACAGGCAAGACAGAUUCCCUUGCUUUGGAUGAGGAUGAAGCUAUGGUUGAUGGAGAUAUGAAUCCUGGGCUAGCACAUUCUUCAGGUUGUAAUAAAACCAGCAGUCAAGAAUGUUCCGGUGAUAAACCCAGUUGUUCUCUUUCCAACGACGAUCCUAAGGGCGGUGAACAUCCACAAUCUAAUACCAAGCCCAUUAGUUCACAAAUAUGUGCUGAGAACAGUGAAUCAGAAAAGGGUGAGGAUGGUGAGAUGGAUUCUGAUUCAACAAUUGUGAAUGUGAAAAGAGAUGCAACAAAGAGGUUUCUCAUUCACAAGGCCCCUCCGAUCUUGACAAUUCAUAUAAAGAGGUUUAGUCCUGAUGCUCGGGGUCGUUAUAGUAAAUUGAAUGGCCAUGUUAGAUUCAAGGAAACAAUUGAUCUCAAACCAUACAUGGAUACCAGGCGUACAGAUGGGGAGAAGUAUAAUUAUCGGUUGGUCGGGGUCGUGGAGCACUCCGGAUCUAUGAGAGGAGGCCAUUAUGUUGCAUAUGUGAGAGGGGGGAACAGGAGGAGAAGCAGCAGUGGGGAAGCUGAGGAAGGCGCUUCUGUUUGGUUUUAUGCAAACGAUGCCAGCGUAAACGAGGUUACCCUGGAUCGGGUUCUCGGUUGUGAUGCAUACAUCUUGUUUUAUGAGAUAACCUGACAGAUCAUUGGCUAACACAUGCUUUUUACUUCUUCAUGUCCUCCAACAGAAGGGAGAGAGAGAGAGAGAGAGAGAGAGAGAGAGAGGCAGGUGAGUGUACAACACCCUUCACAAAAUAAUUUUUGCCCCCCCUCCCCGUAAAAAUCCAUUCUUUUUGAUCUAUUAGAUGCAGGCUUUUCAAAUAUGAUUUGUCAUGAAAUUUGUCUUAUUGCCAUUGCCAAUAGAAGGGGGGUGGGGGGAUUGAGACCCCCACCCCUUUUGACCCCAGAUUUUGUUAUAUGAGAUAUAUAUCAUUUUUUGCUCAAA